GAAAUUAGGACAGAAUCCGGGGCAGCAGGGUAAUCUACAGGGAACGGAAAGCAAGUGGGACUUCGGUGCAUUUCCGGCUGAAACUCAGCAAUGCCUAGAACGGGGGUGGCACAGAGGCAGGUCAGCAGAGUGCUUUAGGUACCCAGUAGGGACACUUUCAGAGCUCCCACGGCCGACUUUGCUGCCUGGAAUCAACAGACUGGAAGUUGCCUGCCAACCCGAACAAUGUGUUUCCCUCCCCUGCAGAGCGUUCUCUCUCCCUUGGCGGCCCCCUGGGGAACGAAGGAGCCAGGAGUUGUUGGGAGCAGGCUUUCACUCCUCGAUGGGGGGACCUGGGGGGCGGAGGCAGAGCCUGGGCCAAGGUCCACGGUGGCCACGCCCCGCGGGAGCCUGGAUGCUCAGCGCCUCCCCACGCGCGCUCUCCUGGUUCCUGUGCACCCUCGAGGCUCCUUACAGCAGCCUGCGCUCCGAGCUCAGCCGCGAAGAGGCCAUGGCCAAGUCCAGGGGCCGGCUGUACCUCUGCAUGUGCUUGGCUGCAGCGCUGGCCUCUUUCCUGGCAGGAUUCAUGGCUGGUUUAUUAAGCCUCUCAAAGAAACAACUACUACCCUGCGCUAUCAUCAAAGUGUGCGGUGGAACCUGAUAUCUGAGAUGAAAGCUGAGAAUAUUAGGUCAUUUCUUCGUUCGUUUACAAAGCUCCCUCAUCUGGCUGGAACAGAACAAAAUUUGCUGCUUGCCAAGAAAAUCCAAACCCAGUGGAAGAAAUUUGGACUGGACUCUGCCAAGUUGGUUCAUUAUGAUGUUCUCCUGUCUUACCCUAAUGAGACAAAUGCCAAUUAUAUAUCAAUUGUGGAUGAACAUGGCAUUGAGAUUUUUAAAACAUCAUACCUUGAGCCGCCACCAGAUGGAUAUGAGAAUGUUACAGAUAUUGUACCGCCAUAUAAUGCUUUCUCAGCCCAAGGCACACCAGAGGGAGAUCUUGUAUAUGUAAACUACGCUCGUACUGAAGAUUUUUUCAAACUAGAAAGAGAAAUGGGCAUCAACUGCACGGGAAAGAUUGUUAUUGCCAGAUAUGGGAAGAUCUUCAGAGGAAAUAAAGUUAACAAUGCCAUGUCGGCAGGAGCCAUAGGCAUCAUCUUGUACUCAGAUCCAGCUGACUACUCUGCCCCUGAGGUACAGCCGUAUCCCAAAGGAUGGAACCUUCCUGGAACUGCAGCCCAGAGAGGGAAUGUGUUAAAUUUGAAUGGCGCUGGUGACCCGCUCACUCCUGGCUACCCAGCUAAAGAGUACACCUUUAGAUUGGAUGUUGAAGAAGGAGUGGGAAUACCCAAAAUCCCUGUACAUCCCAUUGGAUAUAAUGAUGCAGAAAUAUUAUUACGCCAUAUGGGAGGAACCGCUUCACCAGAUGACAGCUGGAAAGGAAGUCUUAAUGUGGAUUACAAUGUCGGGCCAGGCUUCACAGGGCGCGCUUCUUUCAGGAAGGUUAAAAUGCAUGUUCAUAAUAACAAUAAAAUUACAAGGAUUUACAACGUAAUCGGAACUAUCAGAGGAUCUGUGGAACCCGACAGGUAUGUUAUUCUGGGAGGUCAUCGGGAUUCCUGGGUGUUUGGAGGUAUUGACCCAACCACUGGCACUGCUUCUUUACAAGAAAUUGCUCAGAGUUUUGGAAAACUGAUGAGUAGAGGAUGGAGACCCCGGAGAACUAUCAUUUUCGCCAGCUGGGAUGCAGAAGAAUUUGGACUUCUGGGAUCCACAGAAUGGGCUGAGGAGAAUGCAAAAAUACUCCAGGAGAGAAGCAUCGCUUAUGUCAACUCAGAUUCAUCAAUUGAAGGCAAUUAUACUCUCAGAGUUGACUGUACACCCCUUCUUUACCAAUUGGUGUAUAAACUGACAAAAGAGAUCUCCAGCCCCGAUGACGGUUUUCAGGGUAAAUCUCUUUAUGAAAGCUGGUUGGAAAAAGACCCUUCCUCUGAAAAUACAGACCUUCCUAGAAUCAACAAGCUGGGAUCUGGAAGCGAUUUUGAAGCUUAUUUUCAGAGACUUGGCAUUGCGUCAGGCAGAGCCCGUUACACUAAGAAUAGGAAAACAGAUAAGUACAGCAGCUACCCGGUAUACCAUACAAUUUAUGAGACGUUUGAAUUGGUAGAAAAUUUUUAUGACCCUACGUUUAAAAAACAGCUCUCUGUGGCUCAAUUACGAGGCGCACUGGUUUAUGAGCUUGCAGACUCUCAAAUCAUUCCUUUCAAUAUUCAAGACUAUGCAAAAGCUUUGAAAAACUAUGCAACAAGUAUCUACAAUUUAUCCAAGAAACACGACCAACAAUUGAAAGACCAUGGAGUAUCAUUUGACGCCUUAUUUUCUGCUGUACAAAACUUCUCAGAGGCUGCUUCAGAUUUCCACAGAAGACUUACAGAAGUGGAUCUUAACAAUCCCAUGGCAGUGAGAAUUGUGAAUGACCAGCUGAUGCUCCUGGAAAGAGCAUUCAUCGAUCCCCUUGGUUUACCUGGGAGGAAGUUCUACAGGCACAUCAUCUUUGCUCCAAGUAGGCACAACAAAUAUGCUGGAGAAUCAUUUCCUGGGAUCUAUGAUGCUAUGUUUGAUAUUGAAAAUAAAGCAGACCCACGUUCAGCCUGGACAGAAGUAAAGAAACACAUUUCUACUGCAGCCUUUACAAUUCAAGCAGCAGCAGAAACACUGAAAGAAGUGGUAUAGUAAGGUCAGCCAAGUGGCCAUCCAUUAAAAGUAUUACUGGAAGUCUGAGGAUAAAAUCCGUGUUUCAUCUUUCUUUUCAUGUCAUAUUUGAUUUUAGACUUCCACCUUGUUCAUCUGCAAAGUGUGUUCAGGUUCUUUAAAAAUGCAUAACUUCAUCAUGUGUGUUAUUAACAAAAUAAAACAAAAAACUCCAUCCCUGCGGCAGAAAGAGACAAAAUAAUUGAAUAUUCCUUAAAAUAAAAAAUGGCAUGGAACUUGAACUCUCAGACAGUCUGGUAGAAAUUUAAAAUGGUAUAACCACUUUCGAAAAACAAUUUUGUCAGUUUCUUAUAAGUUAAACAUAUACUUACUUACUUUAUGACUCUAAAAUUCCACUUCUAGGUAUUUACUAAAGAGAAAAAUCAAAUAUACUUUAAAUAGCUUCACCUCUACUGAAUAAUAAAUGUGAUAGGUAAAAAAAAAAAAUCGUUGCCACAAAUCUUUUGCCUCCUCUAAAUAAAACUAUAUCAGCACCAGUAAACUUUUAUGCAGGGACUACUGACCCAGAAUUAUGGGUAAAUUGACUAAAGCUUCAACAAGCUUGGAUGUUCAAUUAGCCCACGGGUGGGCAAACUUUUAGACUCAAGGGCCACAAUGGGUUCUUAAACUGGACCGGAGGGCCGGAACAAAAGCAUGGAUGGAGUGUGUGAACU